AUGACUAAAGUCAAGGAAGAUUUCGAGCAUUUAUCCAAUAGUAAUUUACAAAUUACGGAAAAUGAGGAACAAACUCAAGUUGCAACUGUGACAGGAACCGCUUUAACCCUUCAAGAAGAUGGUAUAAAAAUGGGAAUAGGAGUUUUGGCAAUCGCUCCUUUUUCUGAAUUAAUUGAAUUGUUAGGAAUACUAUCUCAAUUUGAAAGAAUUACUGGAUUAAGGGGAACAGUAAAUAGAUCUGUUAAAAAUUUGAAUGAAAAAGUCAAAAAAGAUGAGUUAGUUAAGGAUUUAGAAAAAGGAAAAAGUAGUGAAGUGCAAGGAAUGAUUGAAGCUAUAAAAGGAUUAGAAAAAGAGAUAAUUGCUUAUCGUAAAUUAUCUUAUUAUGAAGAAAAUAUUAAAGUUGAAAAAGUUAAAAAAGAAGAUACUAAAAAACAAGAAAAAGUUACUCAUACUACAAUUGCCGUAAAAGAAGAUGAUUUAGUAAAAAUUUACGAGAUGAAAGAACUAGAAGAAGCUCAGGAAAAUGAUCAAUUAAUAACUCAACAAGAAAUCCCUCCAAAAGGUAUCAACCUAAAUAACAAUAUGAACCAAAAUAACAAUAAUUAU